GCGAUGUCGACCAUGGACGACGACGACGACGGUUUAGAUGAUUGGGAACCGGAUUUCGUCGAAGCGCUCAUCAAAGAGCAAGAGCGCGUCAUCUCCGAUUCUCAGCCGCCGUUAAAACAAGAACCGCCGUCUCCGAUGAUCACCUACUCGCCUCCGCGCCACCUCUCCCAGCGCUCCAACGCCGUCUCCUCUUCCUCCGCGUUGCCGCCGCGUGUUCGGAGCUCCGAAGUUGGGAGAUUAAAGAUGGCUGCGUCUUCUUCGGCGUUGCCUCCUUGUGCUUCGGGCUCCUUUGGGAGUGAGAAGGAUCGCGAAAUUGGGCGAUUGAAGAAGGAGCUUGGGGAUGUCUUGAAGCGGCUUUCAGAUUAUGAACAAGAGUGCUCCAAACUGAAGAGAGAAAGAGACAGAAAAGAUGAACAGCUUCAGUUUGUAAUCUCAAGGAAUGAAAAGAAAGAUGGAGCUGACAGGAUCUCUGAUUGUGCAAAUUUGUCCCAUGGUGGCAGGGAAUCUUCUGUACAAUUACAAAUGGCAAGAACUUCAAGUCAUCACCCUAGCUCUCGGGGUCUUAUUGGUGUGUCAACCUCUAAAUCUGCAGGCAUUCAAACUGAUGAAAUUACUGCCUCUGCCCAACCAAUACAAAAUGAUGACCACCAUGUAUCUGAUAACCUCUCCAAGAAAUUGCUAGCUGUCUGGGGAUCUCCAAAUGAACAAGAGCUGGGGAAAAAUGUAAUUUCCAAUUUGCUUAAGGCAUGCCAAACAGAUUUCCAUUCUCUUUCUGGGUGCAUUGGCAUGAAUAUAUCCUCCAAACUGGGAAUGGACACUGUAGUAGCUUCACAGAAUAUGCACGAUCAUAAACCAGAAGUUGCAAAAGUAUCUCAUCUUUAUUCGGUCUUGACCGAGGUCAAUAAUGGAAUGAUAAAGUUGGAUGCUCUGUUUCAACCACUAGUCGACCUCUGCAGUCUUCAAAAUGUUGUCACUGUCCAGGCAUCUCUACAUAUACUACAUGUGUUUCUUAAGCACCUUCUAAGUCUAGAAAGGCAUGUAGAAGGAAGUGCACUCUACUCAGGGUCAAUGUCAUCAUAGAGGGACUCGUAAGAAGGAAUCAGACAUCUUAUGUGGACUCUCUUCCAUUUGGAAUGGAUUUUUAUGCUGAAACUGAAACGAAGAGUGAAGAUUGGAACAAUGGUGUUUCAACUUUGGUUUCUCGCAUAGACUGGGAUUUGCUUUUUGAGUUGAUUGUACAAAUUGCCACGAGGAAUACAGAACACUGCGUAAGGCUACAAGCAGUGUCCAUUAUGAAUGUCAUUGUAAUGAAAAGUAAUGCCUUUAUGGAGAGGGAAAA